UUCAAAAACGUCGUCAGUACAGUAUUUUACUCAAGAAAAAGCAGCCCUUCCCGCCAAACAAGUCUGGCGCGACAGCUCUGAAAGCUAUUUCCGCUUUUAGCCCCAGUCCACACUUCUCUAUCUCCAUCUAUCGGCCGGAACUCCCAUUUCACGAUCUAGUCCCAGCUCCUCUCUGCCUCUCCUGGUGAAACGGAGCGUUUACUCUCUGGUAAGCACAUGACAGGCAUUUUAGCUACUGUAGUGAACGUGUACCUGAACUAAAGCAAAGAGUAUAAGUUUCAUCAUCAUCUAAUGGAUUUAAGGAGUUGCAGUCAUUUGCACUUUAUCCAAGCUGUUGAAGGUGGUUUGGUGACAAAAAUCCUCAAUAUUACUCGUGGAAGGCCUGCACUCAAGUUGAGGAAGCUCCAAGAAAUAUAUGAGGCUGUAGAUGCCAAAAAUCACGAUUUGCUUCCAACACUUCGUCCAAAGAAUGAGUUUGAGAGUUUUUCGUUUGACAAUGAUAGGAUUGAGGUCAAAAGCCCGCGUCUACAUAUGGUGUACAGAAGAACGAUCAAAAGGGAGCCUGAAACUUCCGACUUAUUUUGCAAUGGUGAUGAAGAGAGAAUUAAUAGUGACUCAGGUGAUUCAGGAUUUGGCAAUAUGACAUUGAAGCAAAUAAAGGAGAGAUGUAAAGCGAAGAAAAGGAAACAUUCAAAAUAUGUUGAACUAAGUAAAGAAACUUCUGAAACUUACUCCAGUUUAGAACAAGUCCAAACAGAGGAAGAAGAUUUUGAUCUCAAGGAGCCUCUCAGUAGUUUGAAAUCUAAACUUUCAAAGAAUACGAAGGUGAAGAAAAAGCGCAUGAAAAACCAUGUCUCAUCUUCACCUCAAAGAGCCAUAUCAAUUGUUAAAUCUGAAUAUGUUUCGGAGACUCAGGUGUCAAUUUUUUUGACAAAAGAACCAAAACAUUGUGUUACUAAUGAAGUGUGUUAUGAAUAUAUGGAACCUGCAGAUCCCAAGUCUUUUCAGAAUGUAAGGUCCCCAUGUGAGGAUUUUGUGAAGCGAGAUAAUACAGAAACAACCAGUCACGAGAUAACUCUCAGUAGUUUGAAAUCUAAACUUUCAAAGAAUGUGAAGGCGAAGAAAAAGCGCGUGAAAAACCAUGUCUCAACUUCACCUCAAAGAGCCGUAUCAAUUGUUAAAUCUGAACAGGUCCCAAGUGAUGAAGUAUUGCCGCAAUCUGGUGGGGAUUUGUGGCCAGCUAUCAAUAUUAAAGUUGAUGUUCCUGAACCUGAUUGCUCAGACUGCCAAAGUAUUGGUGGCGAUCCUUCCUUGCUUUGUGAUGAGCCAGGGGGUUCGUCUGGAAUGAUAUCUAGUGAGCUGUGUGAGACAGCUAAUGAAUAUGUUUCAGAGACUCAGCUGUCAAUAUUUUUGACAAAGGAACCAAAACAUUGUGUUGCUAAUGAAGUGUGUUAUGAAUAUAUGGAACUUGCAGAUCCCAAGUCUUUUCAGAAUGUAAGGUCCCCAUGUGAGGAUUCUGUGAAGCGAGAUAAUACAGAAACAACCAAUCAUGAGUGCUCAGAUUUUCCUGUACCAGAAUCUGAGAUAGAAAUCCAUCCAGUUCCUAAUGACACCUUCACAGAAAUCAUUUCUUCAUCAACAGAUCAUAGUUCUUAUAUUUCUGGUAUCUCUCAAAGUAGCCCUUGUAUGAAUGAAAUAUCGCAUAAUGGCAAUGAUAUUGAGGUUCAAGUGCCGCAUAUGACCAUUCAUAAGAGCCCUCAAGGCAUGGAACUAUGUGGUGGAGAUGAUGCAUAUGUAUUUGAGGAUAGCAUCACAGCUGAUUUACCUUCUAAUCCUGAAGUAAGUGUUAUAGCCAGCUCUACCUGUGACCGUAGCUUGAGUCCUAAUAGCUGUUUGGGUUCUAUUGAGGAUAAUUCACCUACAACUGGAGAGAAUCAACCCCAAAAGUCUGCCUGUUCUAAUGCAGAGAUAAAUGUCUCAGUAGGGAUCCAUCCCUUUGAUGCUACGGAUGAGCUUAUAACAACAGUUGGAUUUGGAUAUUGUCAUGGUUCAAAACCGCAGCAUCCUCCUGAGAGGCUGUUUGCAACCAGAAAGGCCAUUUCUCCAACUUCUCGGGAAAGACUCCUCCAGGCUAUGGAUUCCUUUGAGUUACCUGACGAUGAAUAUUACAAAUGUAGGAGGGAAUACUUUGGGAAGAAUAAGUUUGGAAGAGUUGAAGGACCUGAUUGGAUCAGGGGAUCUGAAUUGAAUAUUACCCCCCCAAAAAUUACUAGGAAACCAAAGAAUUAUAAGAGAGGCUUCCAUCCCUCAGGUGCUCCCAAGGUUCCUUAUCUUUCUUGUGCUGCACCGCGUUUCAGCACUGGGUGCACCUCCAUCCAAAGCUGUUCACAGAGUGCCAUAGAUUUCUCACAGCAGCAGAUGAAAGACUUUGAAUGUCUUGCUAUGAAACUUACAAAGGAGUUGAAGACCAUGAAGGACAUUUUGGAAGAGAGGUUGAUCCCUCAAGCCUGUCCAGCUUCUUCCUUGAAAUAUAACGUGGAUAGGGCAAGAAUGGCCAUUAACAGUGCGACAAGAGUUGAAGAAGGCACAAGAAGAUGGAUUUCCAUGAUGUCAAGGGACUGCAACCGCUUUUGUAGAAUCAUGAGAAUGACUGAGAAAGGUUCUGGUUCUUCCGGAAAUGUAGUCCAAAAGGAAACGAAGAAAUCUACUUUUGCUGAUGAAGCUGUUGGAAUUUCGGUCAAUCAAUGUCAGGGAUUGACUGAGACAGGUUCUGCUUCUUCAGGAAACGCAGUCCACAAGGAGAGGAAGAAAAUUAGUUUUGCCGAUGAAGCUGGUGGAAAGCUCUGCCAUGUCAGGCUUUUUGAGGAUGACACGGCAUCUUUGUUGGAAUCUAAUACUGAAAAGCAGGUACUGCUGGUUGAUUAACUUAGAGACACUUGAUUGUUGUAAAAUUACAUUUUUGGUAUCUCUUAGAUAGAGCCAAAGGGAAAUCGCUUGUUAUGGAGGAUAGUGUACCAUACGUCUGCUGCAUAAAAGUUUUGAGGCAGGCCUGAAGCAGCAAUAUCGAUCUCCUGUUCCGGUAACAGUCUUAUUCUUGUUCAUAUUUCCAUUGAUAUGCACUGUACUGUAUCCGUGUGAAGGGAACUAAACAUUAACAUGAAGGGAUUGUUGAUUUUUGGAAAAAAUAAUUACUAGUUGAAGAUUUGUUUUAGUAUCGAUCUCAGUGGUUGAUCUUUUAUCAA